AUGAAACAAUUGGUGUUAUAUGAAGUCUGUCAGCCACGAAAUGUCAUUGACUUCUUUGCGAGCCGCUUCGGAAACAAGAAAUUUACAAUUGAAGCGGAGUGCAUUAAAGUCUGGGGUGCUGAUGGCACCCAGGUAAAAAGUAUAAGCACAGUGGGGUACACCACUGCUAGUUUUGUUUAUUUCAAUGAGAUACUGAACAACGAGUUUUUGUUCCUUGUAAAGAGCAAUGGGGAAUUGCAUAUCUUUGACCAAGAUCUCAACAUGCUAGACCGUUUAAGAACCGAAAUUGUACAACCAUGUGACAAAGAAACGUUCUUCGCAUUUGAUCAGUAUAACAAUAAACUGUAUUUGAAUCUGGAGCACAGCACUGUCCAUUGUGUGCCGUUAAAGAUUGAAAACUCUGUUCCCAAGUUUCUUCAUGACGGUCAAAUGCUCCAGAUCUUUCAGUUUUCAGCAACUAUCCGUGACAUGAGUUAUGGUCCACAUAUAAAUGAGUACACAAACGAGGAGUUUGAUACCAUAUCUGUUUUAUUACAGGAUUCGGCCGAGUCCUGCCUCAUUUUCCGAACCGUAUAUCUUCUAGAUCCGAACGAUUCAACUUCGGGAAACAAAUGGUCAAUCCUAAUACCCAACGUGGACUUGAACAUAGUUCCCACCUCUCAUAAAAGGAUCGCAUCCAUAACUACCAUACCAAGUGUUGGGUUUCUUAUCUUGACGUGUAAAGGUAUUUUGUUUUUAAGUUUACCUAAUGGGCCACAGAAUCGGAUUGAUGGUGUUACUAUAAAUAAGUUGUAUGAACGGGUAAAUCUGUUUGUCGAGGAUGAAGUUUUACAGGAUGAUACAUUUUACGAUGUUGCAGUGCUAGCAACAAUAACUGACAAAAUGGCUAGGUUCGAUAUUAUAACUGGAAAGGGAAAGUACAUAAAACUAAAGUUGAAAAAGGUGAAAGAGGAAGAAACACAGUUUAUUAUACAUUGGGAAUUAACGCUAAGCGCAAACGGAGAAUACCUCUCCAUCCAGGACCUGGGUGAUAGACCCGAAAAAUGUAUUCAAAGAUGUUCCAUUUCCAAUGUGGAUGGUAGAAUCUUCUAUAUGGUCUUGCUUCCAGCAAACAAAGUGAUUUACGGGUUUCCUUACGCUCAAGCUACUUCACGGGUGAUUGAUAUUGGUCAGAUGCAUUCCAUAUACUCCAAAUACUUUGGCAAUGUGCUUAAACAACAUGUUUUCUGUAGUACAGAUUUUAGAAAUAAAUCGAAUAUUUCUACCUGCGAUUACUAUUUGGAGGACAAAUUUACCAUCCAUGAGCUACUCGUAUUAGAUUCCAGUGAUUCAAAUACCCAAUUCUCCGACAAAAAGUUUACGCCCACGGAAGGUCGCAUAAAAACAACAAAUGAUGAUAGUAUCAAUACGAUACACUGCAAAGAUAACGAGUUUGUUACAGCACAGGGAACCUCAAUGAAUACUCAGAAUCUUUGUGGGUUUUGCAAUAUCUGGGACGGCUCCCAAAACGAAAUGGCAUAUAUAACUGCAAAUGACGGUUCGAUACACUGGAGCAAUACGCAAGCGGUAUAUUCAAUUGAGAAUUUCAACCGGUUCCAACAUUACGUGAUAGAGUCUGUUACGUUGAGGAAUGGUAAAAAUAUUUCAGUAGUGGCCACUGGGAAUACAUUUCACGUAUUAGAGAACUACGGCGAAUCAACGACAACAUUUCACCUCCAAAAUGUGUUUGUUUCAGCAAAAUCUUUAUGCGUUAAUGGACUAGAUGGAGGAAAUUAUCAUAUCAUAAUAAGUGACAUCCAAGGUGAUCUCUAUAUUACUGAUACAGCUGGUAAGAGUUUGGAGGAAUUCAAUCUCCAUAACCAAGGAUUCCAACUAAUUCGGCUAUUUGAUUGCCCUGGGAAGUUUUUGAUGUACAAUCAAAACGCGAUCAUAUUGAUUUCAUACUCCAAUGUUAAUUCCCAAUACCAGUUUGUACCCCUCACUACUAAAAUUACAGCCGGACACAUCCAGCAUGUCUUGGGCUCUAAUGAUCUAGCUGUCAUUGACAGCAACACUAAUAAAGCCUACCGUAUCGAGAUGAAAGAUUCUCAGUUACAGAGAAAGUGGAUAGAUGUGACAGUGAAACCCGUUAUAACAAAAUUUAUUAGGUUAACAGCAACGUCUAGGUAUGCUAUUUGCAGUGGGUAUGAAGUGGUAUCGCAAGAUCCCCUGCGGGUAAAAUCUGGUAUCUACUUGUACGAUCUACCGACCACUAAAAUUAUUGACAAGUUCGAUAUCGAUGAAAAGUAUUCCCAGGCAGCAAUUUCCGAUAUUGCGGCAAUGUCAUAUGAUAAACCAGAUUGUUACAAUGGGGUAACAGACAACAAACGGUCAUUCGCCGAGCAACUAUUACUAAGUCAGUGUUUUCUUAUUUCCUUGACCUUUGAUGCAGCUGACGAGGAUAGGAAUGCGAGCAACUUGUUGUUAUUUUCUCUAGAUGACGAAAGGGCGAAAAUCACGUAUCAUACAAGUUUUAGUACCGGUUUUGGGAUAGCAUCAAUUCAGAAUUAUUUGCAUGAGUACGUUAUUAUAGCGGGUGAAAGCAUACAAGUUUUAAAAGUUGAUUAUUCGUUCAAGGAAAAUUUAUUCGCACUUGUGGGCUCUUCUAACGCACUUGCUGAAAGUGGGUUAAUAAAAAAUGUCAUUAAUUUACCGGGAGCAAUCCCAGAAAACAAGUCUGUGACGAAGAGGGCAAAAAAUUCGUUGAUAAACGAUUCCUUUCUUCUAUUGAAUAUCUGUGAAGGGAUAAGCCAAGUCAAGAUAUCAGGGAACGUUGGUGGUGCGAACACAUUAGAAUUUCAAAUCUCACGUGUAGCCAAGUCGGAACAGUAUACUAUUCUUGCCGAUAUUUACAACGAAGGGCAUUGUUCCUUUUUCGAAACGGUGAACAUGGGAAGUUACCACUGGUGUAUUGUUUCACUUGGGUCAGAAAAACUACGGCUAUACUUUGUCUCUGAGGACCAAGAAUAUUGUAGCACAGAGUUUUGUCUACCGGGACAAAUCACCAGUUUGAGUAAAGCUGACGACAACAGGAGGAAUCCCUUUGGGCAGAAACGCUCCUUAGUUGCCCACGAUGAUUUCGUUGCAUUAUUCUGCGUCACUACUUUAUGUGGUGGUGUUUACGUACUCGGAUUCAUCAAAACUACAGGUAUUACUCUAAGCGCUGAAAAUAAACACAAAAACGCAUGUCAAUUACGCUACAUCUCCGAGGAUUCAAAUGAUGAAGACGAUGAGGAGAAUGAAUUGCAAUUGAUAGAUACAAGAGUCCUGGACUCCUGCGACAUAACAGAGUACCUGGAACACGUCGUCCCGAAAAAGAAUGGCCACUAUCAAUCAGUAGAAUUAAAAUAG